GCCUGCUGAGGUGAUGUUUCUUUGACACAUUUUUGUCCAGAACAGAGUCGAGCUGCGGCAGAAGGAAAAUAAGCAAAAAACCCGUUAAAGAGGAUUCAAAGAAUCCCUCAAAGGUUUGUUCCAUCGUUUGGCGAGCGGAGCGCGAGGAUGGCAAUGGAAAUGUCUGAGAGUGACAGCGCGGCCAAGGUGUCGGAGUGGCAGGACACCUUCUACAACACAGACUCUGGGAUCCAUUCCACAGCGACCACGGUCAGAAACGAUGACGGCACCGAAUACACCACCACCAAGAAGUACACCGUGACCACCACCAUCACCGGAGAGCAGCCCGACUUGGAGUCCCAGCUCUACAUGACCCGGGCCGAGCGGGUGCGAAAUGCCAUGUUUCCAGAGACGCUGGCCGAGGGCACAACCAUCUUGUCCACUCAGACAGACCCGUCCCAGAUGACUAAUGUCCAGCGGCUGGCUGAACCUUCUCAGCUCCUGAAAGCAGCCAUCAUCCAGCUGAUCAACUACCAAGAUGAUGCAGAGCUGGCUACACGCGCCGUGCCUGAGCUCACCAAGCUGCUGAACGAUGAAGACCAGGUGGUGGUCAACAAAGCCGCACAAAUUGUCAACCAGCUAACCCGGAAGGAGGCAUCGCGCCGGGCGCUGAUGCAGUCGCCUCAGAUGGUGGCAGCUGUGGUACGAGCCAUGCAGAACACGAGCGACAUGGAGACGGCACGAGCCACAGCCAGCAUCCUGCACAACUUGUCCCACCAGAGAGAAGGUCUGCUGUCCAUCUUCAAGUCCGGAGGCAUCCCAGCCUUAGUCCGCAUGCUGAGCUCACCUAUGGAGUCUGUGCUCUUCUACGCCAUCACCACGCUGCACAACCUGCUCCUGCACCAGGAGGGCGCCAAGAUGGCGGUGCGUCUGGCCGACGGCCUGCAGAGGAUGGUCCCGCUGCUGAAGAAGAGCAACCCCAAGUUCUUGGCCAUCACGACCGACUGCCUGCAGCUGCUAUCCUACGGCAAUCAGGAGAGCAAGCUCAUCAUUCUCGCUAACAGUGGCCCAGAGGGUUUAGUUCACAUCAUGAGGAGCUACAGCUACGAGAAGCUGCUGUGGACCACCAGCCGUGUCCUCAAAGUCCUCUCCGUCUGUCCCAGCAACAAACCCGCCAUCGUUGAAGCUGGCGGGAUGCAGGCUCUGGGGAGACACCUGACGGCCUCCAGCCCGCGUCUGAUGCAGAACUGUUUGUGGACCCUCAGGAACCUGUCGGACGCGGCCACCAAACAGGAAGGGAUGGACGGUCUGCUGCAGGUUCUGGUGGGUCUGCUGAGCUCGGAUGACCUCAACAUGUUGACCUGUGCCACUGGCAUCCUGUCCAACCUCACCUGCAACAAUGCCCACAACAAGACUCUGGUCACCCAGAACAAUGGCGUGGAGGCACUUAUCCACGCCAUCCUGCGUGCCAGUGAGAAGGAGGAUGUCAUCGAGCCCGCUGUGUGCGCGCUGCGCCACCUGACAUCUCGCCACCAGCACGCCGAGAUGGCACAGAACGCUGUGCGGCAGCACUACGGCAUCCCCGCCAUCGUCAAGCUGCUCAACCAGCCAUACUAUUGGCCCGUCAUCAAGGCCGUGGUCGGUCUGAUCCGUAACCUGGCGCUGUGCCCGGAGAACCAGGCUCCGCUGAGGGAUGCCGGUGCGAUCCCCCGCUUGGUCAACCUGCUGCUCAAAGCCCACCAGGACGCCCAGAAACGCGGCUCAUCUGCCCAGCAAACAUACCAGGAUGGCGUGAGGAUGGAGGAGAUUGUGGAAGGCUGCACGGGAGCGCUGCACAUCCUAGCCCGAGAUCCCGCCAACAGGACGGACAUCGCCGACCUGCAGACCAUCCCGCUGUUUGUUCAGCUGCUGUACUCGCCCGUGGACAAUGUGAAGCGCGUGGCCGCCGGCGUCCUGUGUGAGCUGGCGCUGGACAAACACUCGGCAGAGCUGAUUGAUGCUGAGGGGGCGUCGGCUCCGCUGAUGGAGCUGCUACACUCCAAUAACGAGGGCAUCGCUACGUACGCUGCAGCUGUGCUUUUCCGGAUCUCUGAGGAUAAGAACUCUGACUACAAGAAGCGCGUGUCGGUGGAGCUCACGCACUCGCUGUUCAAAAACGACCCCGCUGCCUGGGAGAUGGCUCACAACACCCUCCCCAUGGACCAACCGUAUGCAGACGAGCUGGACACCGGCUUCCAGGGAGGCUACAGCGGCUACGGCGGAGAAAUUGACGGAAUGGAACCAAACAUGAUGCCCGAAGAUUAUAUGGGACCUGCAUACCCGGAAUAUUAAAGAGGAGGAGGAGGGGUUCAGUGGGAACGUGGGUGAAGGGAUGAAACAGGAUGCAGAAGAGGAGAAACCAGUUGGAUGUCAUAUUUGCAGUUAGCGUGUGCGGGACUCGGCAUCUUAAUGGGGCUCUUGUUUGUUUGGUUUUUUUGGCUUAAUUUUGAUGAUAACAAGGAUGUUUGGAGAUUUUUAGUGUGUGUGUGUGUGUGUUUACACUUUUGGGUGGGUUUUUUAUGCCAAAGAGAUUUUAUUUUAUCGUGAUAAUCAUGUAGAUUUCGUCUUCUUUUUGUACAAAAAAGAGAAAAUAAUAAUAAUAAAAAGUAACAUAGUUGAAAACACUGCCACCGGUGGCUCGACGUGCACGCUGCAUGCACACGCUGCUCUGUCUUUAACGUCACCAUUUUUUUAAUGCUGUAGUUUUGAUGAUUCUUUCGCCUUUUUUCCGCCGCGUCCCAGCAACAUCACAGGGUUUUGUUUUUUUUUCUUAUCUGGUUAGAAAAUUGCUUAACUUUUAUAUUAAUUGAAGCUCAAUAACAUCUGUUUUUAUGAGAUAUUUGUCAUGUUUUAUAAAUUAUUCAGUGAGAAAAGUUCAGAUCUCUGGCCAAAAUAUUAACGUAGAUGUGGUAGAAUUUUAUUAUAAACA